AUGUAUAUACCACCUGAAGAAUCAUUGAAGAAGAAAUUGUCAAAUUUAAUUGUUCGGGCUUCUAAUGAUUUGGAAGAUGCUAACACAAAUAGUGAAGAUGAAAAUUCGUCCCCAGAUAUAAUAGAAACUUCGUAUGAUGAUGCAAAUUAUUUUGAGGUUUUCAAAAGUUUGAAGAGGUAUAUGCCUGUAGCUUCCAGACAAGCCUCAGGAGGAGUGCGUGUCUGGUUUGGACGUUCUGAAAGUAUUACAGUUGAAAAAUCAAGAAAUACUAAUAGUCCACAAGAUAAUGGAAGCUCUAGUAUGUAUAUACCACCUGAAGAAUCAUUGAAGAAGAAAUUGUCAAAUUUAAGUGUUCGGGCUUCUAAUGAUUUGGAAGAUGCUAACACAAAUAGUGCAGAUGAAAAUUCGUCCCCAGAUAUAAUAGAAACUUCGUAUGAUGAUGCAAAUUAUUUUGAGGUUUUCAAAAGUUUGAAGAGGUAUAUGCCUGUAGCUUCCAGACAAGCCUCACGAGGAGUGCGUGUCUGGUUUGGACGUUCUGAAAGUAACCUGGUGAUUGAUGAGACGAUUAUAAAUGCUCCUGGGAGUAGUACUACUCUGGUGUCGCCUCCAACACCAAUGCCUGGCACAAGUAGUACUAUAUCACCGUUACGGCAUUUCGACAAUUCCAUGGAUACUUCUAACACCGGCACCGUUAUUUACAAUUCUGGACCAUGUAUCACAGUUGAAAAAUCAAGAAAUACUAAUAGUCCACAAUAUAAUGGAAGCUCUAGUAUGUAUAUACCACCUGAAGAAUCAUUGAAGAAGAAAUUGUCAAAUUUAAGUGUUCGGGCUUCUAAUGAUUUGGAAGAUGCUAACACAAAUAGUGCAGAUGAAAAUUCGUCCCCAGAUAUAAUAGAUAGUUCGUAUGAUGAUCCUGAUAUGAAAGAUGCAAACACAAAUAGUGAAGAUGAAAAUUCGUCCCCAGAUAUAAUAAAAACUUCGUAUGAUGAUGCAAAUUAUUUUGAGGUUUUCAAAAGUUUGAAGAGGUAUAUGCCUGUAGCUUCCAGACAAGCCUCAGGAGGAGUGCGUGUCUGGUUUGGACGUUCUGAAAGUAUCACAGUUGAAAAAUCAAGAAAUACUAAUAGUCCACAAUAUAAUGGAAGCUCUAGUAUGUAUACACCACCUGAAGAAUCAUUGAAGAAGAAAUUGUCAAAUUUAAGUGUUCGGGCUUCUAAUGAUUUGGAAGAUGCUAACACAAAUAGUGCAGAUGAAAAUUCGUCCCCAGAUAUAAUAGAUAGUUCGUAUGAUGAUCCUGAUAUGAAAGAUGCAAACACAAAUAGUGAAGAUGAAAAUUCGUCCCCAGAUAUAAUAGAAACUUCGUAUGAUGAUGCAAAUUAUUUUGAGGUUUUCAAAAGUUUGAAGAGGUAUAUGCCUGUAGCUUCCAGACAAGCCUCAGGAGGAGUGCGUGUCUGGUUUGGACGUUCUGAAAGUAUCACAGUUGAAAAAUCAAGAAAUACUAAUAGUCCACAAUAUAAUGGAAGCUCUAGUAUGUAUAUACCACCUGAAGAAUCAUUGAAGAAGAAAUUGUCAAAUUUAAGUGUUCGGGCUUCUAAUGAUUUGGAAGAUGCUAACACAAAUAGUGCAGAUGAAAAUUCGUCCCCAGAUAUAAUAGAUAGUUCGUAUGAUGAUUCUGAUAUAAAAGAUGCAAACACAAAUAGUGAAGAUGAAAAUUCGUCCCCAGAUAUAAUAGAAACUUCGUAUGAUGAUGCAAAUUAUUUUGAGGUUUUCAAAAGUUUGAAGAGGUAUAUGCCUGUAGCUUCCAGACAAGCCUCAGGAGGAGUGCGUGUCUGGUUUGGACGUUCUGAAAGUAGUUUGAUAUGGAUUAUGCCGGUCAGUUUCCAUUACGCACAUUCACUCGAUUUCCUAACCUUCCCAUUGGAAACACUAUUGAAGAUUGUACAGCAAGGAAUAACAUGGACACACGCUUCACGCUAA